UGCAGGCUGGGCACUCAGCAGGGCUCUGGCCGGCGGGAGGAGACCGAUCCGGGAUCCGUCCCAGCAGGAAGCGAGUCCCGGCGGCCGUCGUCUCCGGUGCUCGCUCUCGGCCGCGGCGUCGCGCUCUCCCUUCGCGCCUGCAGUCCGGCAGCCUCUCCGUGGCCGCGACCUCUCGCGCACCUGCCUCGCCGGGAGAUAGUGGAUAGCCUCCUUCAAAAUGGAAGAUGGAAAGCCCGUUUGGGCACCCCACCCCACAGAUGGAUUUCAGAUGGGCAAUAUCGUGGAUAUUGGCCCUGACAGCUUAACAAUUGAACCCUUGAACCAAAAAGGCAAGACAUUUUUGGCUCUCAUAAAUCAAGUAUUCCCUGCAGAAGAGGACAGUAAAAAAGAUGUGGAAGAUAACUGUUCAUUGAUGUACUUAAAUGAAGCCACACUCCUCCACAAUGUCAAAGUUCGGUACAGUAAAGACAGAAUCUAUACAUAUGUCGCCAACAUUCUGAUUGCAGUGAACCCAUACUUUGAUAUACCUAAAAUAUAUACUUCAGAUACAAUAAAGUCAUAUCAAGGAAAAUCUCUUGGGACGAUGCCACCUCAUGUCUUUGCAAUUGCUGACAAGGCUUUUCGAGACAUGAAGGUGCUAAAGAUGAGCCAGUCUAUCAUUGUGUCUGGAGAAUCAGGAGCUGGCAAAACAGAAAAUACAAAGUUUGUUCUAAGAUACCUGACAGAAUCUUAUGGAACUGGUCAAGAUAUUGAUGAUAGAAUUGUUGAAGCUAACCCACUUUUAGAAGCUUUUGGAAAUGCAAAGACUGUUCGUAACAAUAAUAGCAGUCGAUUUGGAAAAUUUGUAGAAAUUCAUUUCAAUGAAAAGAGUUCAGUUGUUGGAGGAUUUGUUUCUCAUUAUCUCCUAGAGAAGUCUAGGAUCUGUGUUCAAGGCAAAGAGGAGCGGAAUUAUCAUAUUUUUUAUAGGUUGUGCGCUGGGGCUUCAGAAGACAUUAGGGAGAAGCUUCACUUGAGUUCCCCAGAUAAUUUUCGGUAUUUAAACCGAGGCUGCACUAGAUACUUCGCUAACAAGGAAACUGACAAGCAGAUUUUACAGAACCGAAAAAGUCCUGAGUAUGUUAAGGCAGGUUCCCUGAAAGAUCCUCUGUUAGAUGACCAUGGAGACUUUAUUAGGAUGUGCACAGCCAUGAAAAAGAUUGGUUUGGAUGACGAAGAAAAACUUGAUCUGUUUCGAGUCGUAGCUGGUGUCCUGCACCUUGGAAAUAUUGAUUUUGAGGAAGCCGGAAGCACUUCAGGUGGCUGUAACCUGAAGAACAAAUCUGCCCCAUCGUUGGAGUAUUGUGCUGAGUUGCUGGGAUUGGACCAAGAUGAUCUGCGAGUCAGUUUAACCACGAGAGUCAUGCUCACCACAGCAGGGGGCACCAAAGGAACUGUUAUAAAGGUCCCUCUGAAAGUGGAGCAAGCAAACAAUGCCCGUGAUGCUCUGGCAAAGACUGUCUAUAGCCAUCUUUUUGAUCAUGUGGUAAACAGAGUGAAUCAGUGUUUUCCUUUUGAAACAUCAUCUUAUUUUAUUGGAGUCCUGGAUAUUGCUGGUUUUGAGUACUUUGAGCACAACAGCUUUGAGCAGUUUUGUAUUAACUACUGCAAUGAAAAGCUUCAACAGUUUUUUAACGAAAGGAUCCUGAAGGAGGAACAAGAACUCUAUCAGAAAGAGGGCCUGGGUGUUAAUGAAGUGCAUUACGUGGACAAUCAGGACUGCAUAGAUUUAAUUGAAGUGAAAUUAGUGGGAAUCCUGGAUAUUCUGGAUGAAGAAAAUCGUCUUCCUCAGCCGAGUGACCAGCACUUUACAUCUGCAGUUCACCAGAAGCACAAAGACCAUUUCCGACUCACUAUUCCCAGGAAGUCGAAGCUGGCAGUGCACAGGAACCUCAGAGACAAUGAAGGUUUUAUCAUCAGGCACUUCGCAGGGGCAGUGUGCUAUGAGACGACCCAAUUUGUGGAGAAAAAUAAUGAUGCACUCCAUAUGUCUCUUGAAUCCUUGAUUUGUGAAUCCAGGGAUAAGUUUAUACGGGCAUUAUUUGAAUCAUCCACAAAUAACAACAAAGAUACGAAACAAAAGGCUGGAAAACUUAGCUUCAUCAGCGUGGGAAACAAGUUCAAGACACAGUUAAAUUUGCUUCUGGAUAAACUCCGAAGUACUGGAGCAAGCUUCAUUCGCUGCAUCAAACCCAACUUAAAGAUGACAAGUCACCAUUUCGAAGGUGCCCAAAUUCUGUCUCAACUUCAGUGUUCAGGUAUGGUGUCUGUGUUGGACUUAAUGCAAGGAGGUUUCCCUUCAAGAGCCUCAUUUCACGAACUCUAUAAUAUGUACAAAAAGUACAUGCCAGAUAAACUUGCAAGAUUGGAUCCAAGGCUGUUUUGUAAGGCUCUUUUUAAAGCUUUGGGAUUAAAUGAAGUUGACUACAAGUUUGGGCUAACUAAAGUGUUUUUCAGACCUGGCAAGUUUGCAGAAUUUGAUCAGAUCAUGAAGUCUGACCCUGAUCACUUAGCAGAGUUGGUAAAAAGAGUCAAUCUUUGGCUAGUCUGUAGUCGCUGGAAGAAAGUUCAGUGGUGUUCACUCUCAGUCAUCAAACUGAAAAACAAAAUAAAAUAUCGAGCUGAAGCAUGCAUUAAAAUGCAGAAAACCAUUCGAAUGUGGCUUUGCAAAAGGAGACAUAAACCACGCAUUGAUGGCCUGGUUAAGGUGGGCACUCUGAAGAAACGACUCGAUAAGUUUAAUGAAGUAGUAAGUGCGCUGAAAGAUGGAAAGCCGGAGGUGAACAGACAGAUCAAAGACCUUGAAAUUUCUAUUGAUGCUUUGAUGGCCAAAAUUAAGUCCACCAUGAUGACGAGGGGACAAAUACAGAAAGAGUAUGACGCGCUGGUUAAAAGCUCAGAAGAGCUCCUCAGUGCGCUGCAGAAGAAGAAACAGCAAGAGGAGGAGGCAGAGAGGCUGAGGCGCAUUCAAGAGGAGAUGGAGAAAGAAAGGAAGAGGCGUGAAGAAGAGGAGCAGCGUCGGCACAAGGAGGAGGAGGAGAGGCGGAUGAAACUUGAGAUGGAAGCGAAGAGAAAACAAGAAGAGGAGGAGAGGAAGAAGAGGGAAGACGAUGAGAAACGGAUCCAGGCUGAGGUGGAGGCCCAGCUGGCCCGACAGCGGGUGGAGGAGUCCCAGCAGCAGGCCGUCCUGGCACAGGAGUGCAGAGACCGCGAGUUGGCCCUGCGCAUCGCCCAGAACGAGUCUGAGCUCAUCAGCGACGAGGCGCAGAGUGACCUGGCGCUCCGAAGCUUAAGUUCCUGUCCAGCAACUUCUAAAACUAAUGGAGCAAGACCCCAAAUGACACCGGAACAAAUGGCCAAAGAAAUGUCAGAAAUUUUGAGUAGAGGUCCUGCUGUACAAGCUACCAAGGCAGCUGCUGGUACCAAGAAACACGAUCUUAGUAAAUGGAAAUAUGCAGAACUACGUGAUACUAUCAAUACUUCUUGUGACAUUGAGCUCCUGGCAGCGUGCAGAGAAGAAUUUCACAGGAGACUGAAAGUGUAUCAUGCUUGGAAAUCCAAGAACAAGAAGAGAAAUACUGAAACAGAGCAGCGUGCUCCCAAGUCUGUUACUGAUUAUGAUUUUGCGCCAUUUUUGAACAAUUCACCUCAGCAGAACCCUGCAGCUCAGCUUCCUGCCAGGCAACAGGAGAUUGAGAUGAACCGACAGCAGCGUUUCUUCCGCAUCCCGUUCAUCCGCCCGGCUGACCAGUACAAAGACCCUCAGAGCAAGAAAAAGGGCUGGUGGUAUGCCCAUUUCGACGGACCGUGGAUUGCUCGGCAGAUGGAACUCCACCCUGACAAGCCACCCAUCCUUCUUGUAGCUGGCAAGGAUGACAUGGAGAUGUGUGAGUUGAAUCUCGAGGAGACGGGUCUGACUCGGAAGCGUGGCGCUGAGAUCUUGCCCAGACAGUUUGAAGAGAUCUGGGAGCGCUGUGGAGGCAUCCAGUACCUUCAGAGCGCCAUUGAGAGCAGGCAGGCCCGGCCCACCUAUGCCACGGCCAUGCUGCAGAACCUGCUCAAGUAGACCGCAGGCUCCCAGCCUCGCCCUGGCCCACAGGCAGGGAGGUGAUCGGAAGGCUCACCAUAUCCUUGCUCCCGGUAGAACGCCUUAUGCAAAGUGAACAGGUUUUAUUAAUCAUGGAGUUUGUUAAUUUGUUCAAGGUUAAUUAAGGUUGAGGUAGUGGAUUCAGGACCAAAAAAGAGAAUAGCCCUGAUCCCAGUGGUGACUCGCACCUCUGGCUGUUCUCGUGCCUUCUGCAUGGGGACAGAGUCCAUACUUCUCACUCUGCACACUGACUACCUUAAGUCCAUGGUGAUUAUUGUCAAGGAUGAGCCUUUUUUUAAAUUUCAAAAUAUUUAAUUUUUUAAAAGGAUGACACAGUGCCUUUAUAACUGGGGUAACGAAAUCUUAGCUUAAUUUUGUGCAAGAAUUAAGGUACUUAAAAUGAUUAAGGCACAGAAGUUUUGGGUCUAAAAGUUGCAUUUUGUCUGCUUUCUCAGAAAUCCAUGGAAAUGGAUUUACCUCUUCCUGCAGUGUGCUUAGCCUGAGUGAAGCCCAAGUUCUAGAUUCUGGAAAGAGCCUUAAUGUAUAGAAUGUAUUACAUGCAGAAGAGGUGCUAGGCAUAUGCAGCAUUGAUGUAGGGCGCUUUUCGCCAAGCUCUGUGUUCCUCUUGGAAUCUUCUAGUUCAUGGUUGAGUCAAAGCAAUGCAGAUCAUUUGAAUGACUGGAAGUUCUGAUACAGCUUUGUUUCAUUUUGGAAGGGGGUACAGGGUGAGGUGGUGCUGUGACCUUACUGGACCAAAUUCAAAUCCUGUCCCCACCCCAUCUCAACUGUAAUUUUUCAGUUCAAACCUUGUCUAAGUUAUUUCCUGUGAUUUAAGCUGGUGUACUGCUUCAGACUUUUCUUGUUCCUGUCCCUUUUCCGGGCAUCUGUUUUGGUCUUUGAAAUGGGGUAAUUGUAGGGCUGUUUUGUAAACUUGGUAACUCAGAAGCCCUUGUACCGAGGCAGGGCUUGUUUCAUGCUGCAGGCAGUUUUUAAAACACUCCUUCUGUGUGCUGUUGGUCCUGAUCAGAUGUCAGCAGCUGGAGCUGAUAUUUAUGACUUUAAUAUUAGGAACUUAGAGACAAAACUACAUCAAGGAGUUAUGGUGACACCCAAAGGAGUCUUUGUUUGUAUUUUAGAAUAAAAGUAGAAAGUAAAAUUAUUCUUUACACUCCCUUCGUUUUUAAAUACCCUAACCUUUGAAAUUUCAGGGGGGUUUUUUUCUUUAGAAAGAUACCUCAGUUAGGAAAUAUCUACCAGCUGAUGAGAUUAAUGUGUAGCAGCCGCAGAUUCUGUUGUCACAUGGUCCUCUUAAAAUGUCUUAGUACUGAAGUACUUAUUUAUUGUGAUGCUGUGGAAAUGAUUGUUCUGUGUUAAGGAAGUUAAAUGGCCCUAUCUAUACUAAUAACUGAAAAUGUGAAUGGGGUUUUCUUCUGGAGCUUGUCUUACUGCUUAGGCUCAUACAGCAUUCGGUCAUUUGGUGAUUGGUGGCAGAAGGUGUAGUUCCUGAAAUAAACAACCUAUUUUUUUCUCUUUCAUCUCUCCCCUGUGAUUGGUGUCUUUAUUUGUGCAGGAUAGCAAAUAAACUUUAUUUUCUAAUCAUCAAUGAGUAGUAUAGUCUUUGAAAAAAGUCUGGGGGCCUAAUUGAUUGUUAGUGACUUGUCAGCUCAGCACUAUUUUCUGUAGCACUUUUAUGUAUCUUCUGGAUCCGUAAAUUAGCACUAGAUGAAAAAUUAAUCAAAAAGUGGAAAUUAUUAUGACAGAAUUUAAAAAUUUAAAAAAAUGUAUAGGAAAUAUAGGACAACAAAACAUUGUUGAAAGGUUUUGUGUGUGUGUGUGGAUUUUGACUUUGGUAAUUCUACAGUUAACUGUCAAACCGUUUUCUUCCUAAUUAUGUCACCCAGCUGUCCUACAAUUUUUCUGUUUCAAGUGGUCUCCUGAGUUAAUUUUGCCAAGCAGGAGAACUGCCCUAAUUCAGGCAGGCCUUGAGCCUUCUACAUGUCAUAGCAUAGCACUCAGAUCCUUCCAGACAAACUUCAGGACAUCAUUUUUGGGGACACAGCAGAAACGAUGUUCUGUGAGAUGCCGAUCCAGCCUCUCUUCCAGGUUUUGUAGGUUCAGAUCCACAAAAGCCGUGUGAGAACUGGGGGUACCCAAGUCAACUAACUCCUAUUUCAAUCAAUCAUUUAAAAUGAUAACUUUAAACCCGUAUGCUACAUAUGAAGAAAUAAUUCCUCUAAUGCUUUUCAGUUCCAGUUUCUUCCAAAGUGUGUACAUUUUAAUAGAAUGUGAAACAAUACUGGCAGGUGUUUCCCUGUUGGAUUCAGUUGUGACACAAUGUCCAAGGCCAGCAGGAGCUGCGCUCUCAGCAAGAACAGGGAGUUUGUAGAGGCCUGGUAUGUUCAGAAGCUGCAGCCCCUUCACUGUCAGGGAGUCAACACCUGUGCAGGACUAUGCAAAGAAGUAAAAUGACUGAGAGCAGCCUGCCCUAAAGGGUUCUGGGGAAACAGGGUCUCACUCUGGCCUGGAUAAAUGUCUUUCCAGGCCAGUGAACCCUCCUGUUUCACAAGCAACCACAGCUUAAGGCAAGAUAAGGAGAUGUUUGUGAGAUUUAGACAGUACAAAGCACAGGCAAAAUAAUAGUAAGAAUAGCUACUUAUUGCAUGUGAUCUUUAUUAAUUGGGUUGCCUUUUCUAUGUUGGGGAUCGAACCCAGGGCUUCAUACAGGGUAGGCUCUGUCAUGGAGACACCUUCCUGGCCUGUAGUUGGAUACUUUUGGAAGAUAGUUUUACUCACAGGUUAUUAAUAUGGUUCUCAGGGGAUUCAAAUAUGUAGACCUUUGGUUUCUUAAAAUAGCUUUAAGAUACUUGGAUCAGCAGAAUAUUUAUUGAACUAAUCAGUCAGUUAAUACUAAGUUAAUGAAUGAUAGUCUUACUUCCUUACAUGAAAAAAAAGUUGUAGAAAGCCAGGGAGGUCAUACAAUUUGUACUUGACCAUGAAAAAAAUAUGCCUUUCCUCCAGCUGUGUAGCAAAAAAAGUGAAAACAAUGUUUUGUUUGCUUAGCCAGUCCCGGGAGAUUUACAAAUGGUUGUUUCUGUAUUUCCCCAUUUAUCUUUAACAUUGGUAAAUAAGUAUUGAGUUUUAAUUUCUCCCAGAAGAUACACUAACAGCGGGGGAGGGAAGGGCAGAGGACAUUUAACAAUGAGGAUAAGGAUGAGGUGUGGGACAGUGAUAACCAUAAGGGCAGUAGUGGAAGAGAUGGGAAAUUGUCCAUCCCCUGAAGACUGCACGUCAAUUGGGAAACACUGAUACAAACAUUCCUGGGUCCUUGCUGAGUUUUAGGAUGCAUUUGGUACGACUCACGGACAGAAAUUGCGGUUAGUAAACUUGGAUAUUGAGUCACCUGGUGUGUAGAUCUUAGCAGGUAAGAAUGGUGCAGCUGAACUGGAGGUGCCCAGGAAAGAACAUGGCAUCCUGUACACGAGCCUUGUGUGAGGGUAGGUAGAGAGCCUGCCCAUGGCAAUGCCUCAUCUUUUGACUACUUCCGGCAAUUCAAACCAGUGUCUUUUUUCUCCAGCACUAACCUAUGUAUGAAGUAACUUUGAUUCUUGGAAGUUUCCCAGGAGAUAAUUAGGGAAAUUUAAUACACAUUGAAAACUGCAUAAUCUUUAAUCUUAAUUUUCAUAAAGAAACUCAACUUCAAACAGGUUUAUUAAGUGGCCACUUUUCACUUCUGGAAAUUUGUCUAUUUGUAAUUGUUAAUUUUUCUUCAUGAAGAGUGUGUAUCUAAUACUUUCUUAAAAUACCAAUGUACCAGAAACUCAAAUAAAUGCCUUAUAUGUAGAACA